AUGUUUGCUGCAAUUGCUUCAGGAAAUCCAUUACAACUGUCAGUAGAAGUCCCCAAUUCGAAUGGCUUACAGCACACAAUUGUGCUCUCUCGAACUAAACCCAAGUUAUAUUCGCAUAUAACAUUGUUUAUAUUACCUAAUGUUACAUUUCCGCAGGACUACAUAGCGACAGUUUAUUUUAAAUUAAGUCCUCAAGAAGAAUUCAAACUAUUUGGAUAUCUGAGCUCUGAGAAACCUAGUGCAAUAUUCAAAGUGCAAAUACCCAGUUCCAAGAAAGAAACUGGAGAUGCGAGUGAUGGGCUGGGAGAGAUAGACAUGGAUGUAGAUGACGGCUCCGGAGCUGCUGGCACGUUUACAGACGGAAAUGGCAAUAAUGGUAAUAAUAUAUCAGAAUUGAUCAUUGGUAUUUCCAUCGAACCUCGAGAGCAAGGGAUGAUGAAACUAGAGGAAUGGAAGACCAGUAUGAAUGCAGAAGCUCAAAAGAACAACGCAUUGGUUUUGUCAAGACCUAAUUUAGGAGUAGUUAGAAACGUUACCACAGCGGGGCAGUUAGCACAAGUAUAUCCUUCCUUGACGCAAGAACUGGCCGCUAAAAUUGUACAACAUGCAUAUAACUAUUUAUCCGGUUUCCUAGACGCUCAGGGCAAUGUGCCUAUCAAGAGGUUCGAUACAUGGUGGGACAAAUUUAGAAAUAGACUUGCCAAUGACGGGACGUUUUUAGAUGAAGUAACCAAGAAUUAG